CAAUCUGACACUGCUGAUGUCACUGGUGUGGCAGAUGACGCGACACAAGAGCCUGACACUGUUGCUGCCGCUUUGGAAACGAUAGUUACUGAUCCAGUUCCAGAUGAGACUGUUGUACCUGCAGCAGAAGAGCCUCAGAAAAAGAACAUUAACUCUGAAAUCCCCAAGCUCCAGAAAGCCACGAUCAUCUUAGUCGACAUAAAAAAAACCUGCUGUCAUCUUCGUGUAAAGCAGGCAGAGGAAGGACCAGCUGAUGGAGAGUGUGCAGCUCCAGAAAAACAACAGGAAGAGGAGAAUGAAGGUGAACAGGUGACCAUGAAACAAAAAUCCUCUAAUGCAACUGUAGAGGCAGGUACUGUUGAGAAGGAAGUGCUUGAAGAAGACAAUUCUGAAAAAGAAAAGAAAGAAUCUGCCAUUGUGAAUGAGGAAAAAAGUGAUGCAGGAGAAGCACUAGUCAUUGAAACAAGCGUUCUUCAGAGUGGAAAAGAAACAGUCAAAUCAAAUAGAGGCAACCAGCAAAAGGACGAAGACGACACUGGUGAGGGUAUAACUGAAAAGGAGGUGGCUGAAGUGAUUGGAAAGGGAGGCACUGAUGAGGUGGAAGGAGAGAUGGAGUCUGUGGCAAAUUAUGCAGUCAUAGCAACAGUUCCACUGGAGAAUAAACAGUCUGAGAUAUGUGCAGAAAGAGAGGCAGAUAUUCCAGCAGGAGGUGAUGCUGAAGACAGUCUUCCACCAGCUCAGGUAGAUAAAGCAAUGAGCUUUGAGCAAGAGGUAUCAGUUGUUGAAACCAGAGCUCUGAAAUGUGAAACCAAAUCAAGCACAGCUACACCAAGACACAGAAGAACCAGAGGCGGAAAGCAAGGGGAUGCACAAGAAGCUGAAAACAGUGAAGAACCACCAGUGACAACAAGAACACUGAGAUCUGGGAGGAGAUCUGCCUCUAAUGCACAGAAAGGCAAAUCCAGAAGAAGUAAAAAAAUCCAAGAAGAUGAGCCAAAGGUAGAAGAGGAACUUAAAAGUUUUGAUGAAGCUGUUGAAAAGACAGAUAAAGAGAGAGAGGGAAAAAAUGAGGAGAUAAUAGAAACAGUUAGUGAGGAAGCUGCAUCUGAGAGAGUGGAAAGCUUACAGCCAGAAAUAGAUAUGGAAGAAGGUGAAGCAGUUGUAGCGCAAAAACAAGAUGUAGUGGAAGAGCAAUCAGAAACUAUACCCAAAACAUUUGCAGAAAGGGAGCCAGAGGCCUUAGGUGAAGAAUGUGAUGAAAGCUGGAAAGCUGGACAGGCAGCUGCUGCAGAUGAUUUAGUUCAAGGAGAGACUGACACACCAUUACCCAUACCCGCCAAUGACUCCGCUACACUUCCGCCAAGUGAAGAAGAGGCAACACCUUCAGCAGAGGAGCAACAGCUUGAGGAAAACGCACCCCAGCUUUCUGAUCUCCGAACAAUGACUGUGGUUUUAGUGGACACUAAAACAAAAGAGGAGCAGAGGGAAGAAACAAUUGCACAGAAGAAUGUUUGUGGGUCCCCUGAGCUGGAGAAAGUGACAGUGGAAGAGCAAGGUUAUAAGGAUCAAGUGGAAAUAGUCACAGAACAAGACACAGGAGAAGGGAGAGCUGAGGAGACAGCAAAAGAAGCGGAGGCUAAAUCUGCAAAUGAUGAUCAGGAACCUUCAGUCACUGAAACCAGAACACAGAGAAAUAAAAAGCAAGAAGUCAAAGCCACACCCAGAUCCAAAGUACCAAGAAGAAGAAAGAAAAAAACUGAACUAGAAAAGGAAGAAGCUUUAGAAAUUCAGAAAGAAGAACCAGCAGUCCAAGGACGGGCUCUGAGGAGGGGAAGAAUGUCUAUUCUUGUGGCACAAAGAUGCUCAACAAAAACAACCUGCAAGCAACUCAAGGAAGGAGAGGAAGCAGAGGAUGGAGAGAAAUCUACAGAAGUUCAGGAGAGAGAGAAAGAAGAGAAACAACAGCAGUUUACUCACAGGGAGAAGGGAGAGGGGGCCAAAGAAGGGGAUGCAGCUGAACAAAUGGAAAAUAUAGACGCAGACAUAGACAAAGAGGAAACUGUGACAGAGGAAGCUGUCAUCCAAGAAGAUGCUCCAGAGGAGGAACAGGUCAACAGUACUGAGACAGUUGGGAAUGACAACACAGAGGCUUCAGUUGGACAACUUGCUGAGGGGAAGACCUCAGAUGAUGCAGAGGAAGCAGUCACAACACAAGAUAUAGAUGAGAGGGAACAGCCAACCUCCGCAUCUAAAAGGGUGAAAAGUGCAGCUGGAGAAAUUGCACAAGAGACACCGUUGACAGCAAAGGAUGACAAGGCAAAAUGUGUGCCCCAGAAGGAAGAAGCAUCAAUUAUUGAAAAAGCUCAAAGAAGUGGUGAAAAGACAGUGAGAGCCACAGGAAGCAAAACCACAAAAAGAAGAAAUUGUCAGCGAGAAGUGACUGGUGAGAAAAGCACAGAAGAAGAUAAACUGGCGGUAGAAACAAGAGUUCUAAGGAAGGGAAGGAGGUCAGCUGCUGCAACAGAUAGACGUAAAUCCAAAAGAGCUCGCACACAGUGUCAGACAGAGGAAGAGGGAGCAAAAGAAACCAGUCCUGCUGAAGAGACUGGAGUAGAGGAAGAAUCGCCUGAGGAGAAAGAAGAGGAGAUAGAGGCAGAGGAAAGGAAAGACGAUGUGAAAGAGGAAAAAGUGGAAAGUGCAGCUGGAGGAGAAUCUGCAGUAGGAGAUGCAGAGCAGGUGGAGGAUGCCUUGACAGAGGAAGCAGCAGUGCUUGAAGAGGACAACAGAGUAGAA